CCAUCAAAAUGUUGUUGCCCUUUUUAAAGCCAUCAAAGGAGAUGCUUCCCCUCCCCUUUUCCGUAUUCCUUGGAAACUUUGCGUAACUUCUUCUUCUCCAGCCACUUCAAUGGAAGAACAAGCUUCAAGUAGUGAGGCAUCAUCAUCAUCGUCAUCCCAAUCUAAACCUCAAGUACAACCUUCGUUAGAUGAUUGUUUGAAUUUACUCAGAGGAAAAAGGGAUGAGCAGAGGUUAGCGGGUCUACUUCUAGUUACCAAGUUUUGGAAUAAAGAUGACCACGCCUCCAUUCGCAAGGUUUACGAUGCCGUAGGACCUCAAUUUCUUCACCGUCUUCUUCUAAAUGGAAUGGGGAAAGGAAUUGAUGUCGGGGGCAAUAAUCGUGACGUCUACUUGCAGUUGUCAAUCACACUUCUUUCAGCAUUUUGUAGGGUUCCCCAGAUUGCAGCUUCUGAAAAUAUGGUUACUAAGAUUCCUCUCAUUGUAGAGACAAUGUCGAAAGAACCAGGAUCACCCAUCAUUGAAGACUGCUAUGAAUAUUUGUUUUUGGUCUCAACGGCUAAUGAAGAAGGGGUUAAAACAUUGUACAAAUCUGGUGGCUUGAAUGUGUUAGCUUCACAAUUGAUGAUUCUACCAGAUGGGUCUCAUAUGAUUGAACUUGCUAUGAGACUUGUGCAAAUCAUUGUAAGUAAGCUACCCUCAGAAAAUGUUUAUUCUGAGUAUCCAACUGACCUGUCAAUGGUGGUGUCUGCAGUGGCAAAGCAGUUUGCUGUACUGCAGAAUUCACUGAAGUUUGAAGCACUUUACCUCCUAUCAGCUAUCCUGUCCAACAGAUAUUCUGCACCUGUAUAUGAUGCUCUUCGCUUAAUGGGAAAUGACGUUUGGUCGACAAACAUGCGGAUUGGUAUUGUGGCCAUCUUGCAAAAUCGAGUUGCGCCUUCACAUAAGCUUCAGGCCCUUUUUCUGGCUGAGUGUGUCAUAUCAAUUGUCGGUGAAGGGUGGCUUAUUGGGGAGAUGAACUUGACUGGCUCUCAGGUUUCCCUGCCUGCUGACCGGUGUAUUCUGCUUGUUUUGGAGUCAUCAAGGGUUGAAAUUGCUGUUUUUCUAAAUGACCUGGCAUACCUAAAAUAUGAAGCCUUCAAGGCGCCCUCAAAUAAAGAGAACAUUCUUCUGAAGCAGAGCAAUCUUGGUGUAGCCUUCUCUUUGGUUGAAAAAAUAAUUAAACUUAUUUCUAGUUUUGGUGGAGAAGAGUCAGCUGCCAAUGCUGUUAUCAAUGAGAGAACUUUCACAAAACUCAUUUCUGGGCUCAAUGAGACAAUUGGUGUCAUUUUGGACUAUCUACGAGAUGCUAAGGAGCAUGGACAGAUGAAAGGUAAUGAUCUUCUAGCGGCAGUGCGAGUAAUCGGAAGCUAUCUUGCAGAAGCGCCAGAUUCAUGUAAAGAUAAGGUCACAGAACUCCUAGCUUAUAUGCUUUCAAUUGAAGGGGAAGAUGAAUUGAGUCCUUUUUAUUCCAUCCGUUGUUUGCUUCCAAUGCUGUGUCAAAUAACUCUUAAGACUGGAGGAUGCAAAAUUUUAGUUUCCUCAGGUGCAUUUAGAGAAGUUGUUGGUUACCUCAUUGCUUUGAUUGAACAAAUCAACUAUACAUCUGAGGAUAAUGGUUCUAUAUUCUUGGCUUGCGAUACAAUUUUGAAUCUUCUUCUAAAGCGGGGGCAAAUUAAAUUUCCCUUAGAUGAUCCCAGUUUUAUCAGACUUUUAGCAGCAUUAUCACAUUGGCCAGAGGGUAUGGAUGAUGUAUCUAUUAUCAUGAUGGCAUCAAGCAUCUGUUCACUAAUACUUGAUUUGACAUCAGAGGAAGCUCUUCUAAAUCAUCCAGACUUCACUAGUGGUAAUAUUAGUAGUCUGUCGAAGCUCAUUGAACGAAGCUUUGGGAUGUGUGGUCAGGACUUGAUAUCUGAUGAUGCUAAAGCUGAAGUAGAUCUUUUUCAGAUAAUUACCUCAGCGUAUUCAUCAUGGGCUGAUCGGUUUCCUCGCAUUAGACAAGCUAUCGAGAGCUCAGGGUCUUUUCGAUUUCGACAUGUUUCAUAGGACUGUUGUUCAUUUGAUAAGGGUUGUGCUUGAAAUGGAUGAAAAAGAAAUGAGUAUUGAGCAAUAUAAUAUGGUACAAUCAAUUGAAAGUAUCGAUAGAAAUAAUGAGCUAAUGGUUAUUGAACCAAUAUUGGAGGCUGAAAUAGCUGAAUAAAUGGGGCAGCCAUCCAAGAUUAAGAGGGUACAACAAAAAAAGAAGAGGAUACUUGAUGUCGAGGCUACUCUCUUGAGACACAAUGCCUCUUUGAAUGAGGUAAAUGUCAAGUCAAUCUUCAUUGACAAAUAAACUAUGAUGACGUGCAUGUCAAACAUUGAAAUUACACACAAUAUUCAAUUUAAGGUUAUUAAAUCAAGCACAACAAGAUAUUCACUACGAUGUUUGGACGACAACUUCGUAUGCCGUAUAAAAAGGCUCAUAGUUGCUCGGUUGAUUUCAUAACGUCCGACCACAGGAAUGCUACAUCAAAGGUCAUAUGUGACUACAUACUAGAGCUUGUGCGUGACUCUAGUAAUGUAAUCACACCAAACUUCAUGGUAGAUGAAAUGAGAAGGAAAUACGAAAUAAUCAUAUUCUACAACAAAAGAUGAAGAGCAAUACAGUAUGUCUAUACGGUGAUAAGGGGAACCGCAGAAGAGAACUACAACAGGUUGCCAUCGUAUCUUCACAUGAUGAAAGAAAACAACCCAGACACGUACACAAACAUAAAGAGGGACAAUGAGAACAGGUACAAACGUUAUACUGUUGAAAUUGAAAAUUUUUGUCCAAGAGGUAAAAGUUUAUUCUUUAACUACACUGAUUAGAUUAUU